AUGCGUUCUAUUUCCGAUCCAAUCAGAGUACUUCAACCCACAACUACCGAGGCCACCACCCGUCGCCACAAACUAGCCAACUCUAUUCCUCGCCCCGCAAAACGUAGCCCCGGGCUCCUUCACCGGACCCUGAUGACUUCCGAGUCUCAACUCUGGGGAAAUAUCAUGAUGUCGGACGAGAAUACCUCUCAAGAAGCUGAUACACCUCAAGAGCCACUGGCAUCACCCAGGCCGUUGAAAUACAGAUGUACAAUAUGCGACAAGCAGUAUAAAAGACGCGAACAUCUAAGUCGUCAUAUAUCCAGUUCCCAUACGUCAGAACGACCCUUCCAAUGCAAAUCAUGCCGUGGCUCUUUUCAGAGAGGAGAUGUACUCAAACGCCAUUUACGAACGUGUGGGGGUGAGCCAUCAAAAGCAGGAGCAAGACGACGCGCUUGCGACCGGUGUGUUCGCCAGAAAAAGGCGUGCAGUGCGGAUCAACCUUGUCAAGCCUGUUCUAAAAAGGGCGUCCUUUGCUUUUACUCCACUCCGAAUUCCGACGAGAUGGCCCUUCUGGCUGAGGAGGGUGCUUCAGCCGUAGUCUCGAACGAACAUCGCCACAAUGCUACCCCAUCUACUAGCUCCGAUAUGCCUUUCGGUAUGUCUGGCCAUGGACUAGGAACAUUCAAUUCAACUCCACUUGAUAGCUUAUUUCGACAAAGCACAUUGGACUCUUCUAGUCUGUCCUGGCCUGACUAUGCACAACUCACAUCUGAUGCUCAGUUCAUCGACAAUACCACGUUCGGUUAUUCAUUGCCUUUUCUGGACCGCUUCACAAGUAAUACGGGUCUUAUAUCGAGCUUUGAUUGUGGAACACAAGAGCAAAGAGAACAGGUCGCCUCGGCCUUAGAACUUGAGAAGUUCGAUAUUCUGCAACACACAUCCACCAUCUUGCCACAACCGCAUUUGAAAUUCAACCCAAUCUCACCUCUUCUCUUUAAUGGCAUCAGCGACGCCAACAAUUCUGAUUCCAUUCCAAAUGACUGGUUAAGUGAACCGCUGUCGCUUAAGACCCACGAAAUUAUCAUACUGGUUGAAGAAGUCGUCACUGUAAAGCCCCGAAAUAGCCCUGUGACUCUGGAAUGGUCCCCGUGUCUUAAAAGUGCAUGUUUGCAAUUUUUCUCUCCUGCGAAUCUUCGAAAAUACCUGGGCUUUUACUGGGCUAUCUGGCACCCUAAUGUCAACUUUGUGCACAGGCCUACCUUUGACAUAGUGUCGGCAAAGCCAGCCCUUUUGGCGGCAAUGGCACUCAUGGGUGCCUGUGUUUCUCCAGAUAUGCCAGAUAAUGAAGACGCGCGAAUGUGGUUGAAUUGUGUCGAGGAGAUUGUUUUCAUCGAUGAUGAUUUCAACAGUGAUUUGGGCUAUCCGGUCUCGGGAGGUAAUAUCUCUAUCCAUCGACCCAAGUUGCAGGCUCUUCAAGCUGCCUACAUAGUCUGCCUCUAUCAGAAUUGGGAGGGUACCGACAGCAGCAAAAGCCGUAUCCGCCGAUUCCGUUUUGCCAAUCUGGUGUCGACUGCAAGAGACAUCGGAAUCACAACUGCCACACAUAUAAACUAUGCAACCCUUGUCAGGGCAGAUUUCCAAUGGAAAGAGUUCGCAGCAAGAGAGGAGCUGAUUCGACUAUUUACAUGGAUCUUUUUACUCGACACUGCUUUUGUCAUCUUCAAUAAUCUACCACCUCGGAUGGUCUUCAAGGAGAUGAACAUCAAUAUGGCAACCCCGGAAGCCUGUUUCCAAGCAGAGACUGCAGAUCUAUGCCAUCAAAAGAUCCAAUCCCAUAUACCCGCCGGAAGCGCAUACUGGGGACUUUCAUUCCGGCAUGCAUUUGAAGCACUCUCUCAACCUGAAUUAUCACCGAUCAUGCGGAAUUCUAUUGCAUCCUUAGGUCCACUGAAUCUCUUCGCAAUGGCCUCUGCGAUUCACUCUCAGAUUUUCCAAUACCGCAACUCAGUGAACAUGUGCCAAAGCCUUACCUCAAUUCGUCAUACCUUGGCGAACUGGCACACCACGUGGCAGUUAUUUGAUUCCGCCAGCUCCUCAAGCACUUCGCCUCAUAUUCUGGUUGACGAAGGUGAUAUCCAACCCGAGAGCAUGUGGAAAAGAAACGGAUUCUACCGCUACUGCGCAGAAUACUGGCUCUUGGCGAACCUGAUGGCAGAUCGACUCGCCUUGGCCGAAUUAUUGCCACGGAAUAGUAUAUCCCUUCUGAAUGACUCGGUCUUGGACCCAAUAUUGAGUAAAUAUGACCAAACUAGCAUGCGACAAGUGAAUGAUCUUAUCACGGGAUUUCAAACUUUCCAGAUAUGA